GGGAGGGCAGCCGCCGUCCUGCUCAGUGCAUCAGCCACCACCUGUAGCACCCAGGAUUCCUGUCCAGGUGAGUGCCACACCAGUCCUGCUGCCUGGGGCAGGCUGUUCAGUCCGCCUGCCUGGCACAAGGGCCAUUACAAGGCCCUGGGGGAGGAUUUUUCCUUCUAUGCACCUUUUGAAUUCAGCUGCAGAUGGAAGGCUGCGGGUGGGUGACGAAGCCUCAGCUGCGGCCUUACGAAGCUGCUGGCUCUGGUCAGAAGUCCCCUCAGCUGUGGGGUCUCCAGGAACAGGUUUCCCGAUUCUUUCAGUUCCCAGUGCAAGAUGUCCAUCUGUGGAUCUGCCCUGGGCUCUGCUGGAUGCAGAGCUGUAUGAAGGGACAAUCCAGUGCGUGCUGUGUGCCUGGCACCUGGCAGCCCAGGGACACCACACCAUGCAGUCUUCUGUCUGCGUUCCCCGGGAAGGCAAAAGAGCUGAAAAUAGUGGGACUUGGGCAGGCAGACCAACUUGCUGUUCUUCAAGGAUGCCCAGGGAUCCCAGGUGCAGCUGGCCGAAAGGGAGAACCAGGCCUUUCAGGUACAAAAGGAGAAAUGGGAAUCAAGGGAUCCCCUGGGAAAGCAGGACCGCCCGGUGCAAAAGGAGCAGCUGGAGACCCUGUAUUGCCUGGACCAAAAGUCUGCUCAAAAGCCAGGAACUGCCAGGAGCUGCUGGAUAAAGGCAAGAUCCUGAACGGAUGGUACACCGUGCACCCCCAAGGCUGCAAUGCUACCACUGUCUUCUGCGAUAUGGACACGGAUGGUGGAGGAUGGAUUGUUUUCCAGAGACGCUUGGAUGGGUCAGUGAAUUUUUUGCGAGACUGGAAUUCAUACAAACGAGGAUUUGGCAACCAGCUGACGGAGUUCUGGCUGGGGAAUGACAACCUUCACUUCCUCACCUCUUUGGGAGCAUUGACCUGAGAGACUUCAACAACAGCUACUAUUUUGCCAAGUAUGCUUCCUUCCAAGUUUUAGGAGAGUCUGAGAAAUACAAACUGGUUCUGGG